AUGGCGCCUCCAUCUCAACUCGCUAUAGCUACAUCAUCUGUUGCUCGUCUUGUAAAGGAAGAAGCUUCAUACCAUAAAGAGUUGGUUUCUCAACAGGCACGAUUAAAGAAAUUAGAGGAAGCUACUGAGGAGGAUGAGAACAGAGAGUAUUCUCUGAAGCAGGAGCGCGCCGCAAUCGAAGAAACCAAAGCAGUCUUCCCACCACUCCGUGAGCGACUCGCAGACGCUAUACUUAAGUUGGAGGACUUAGUUCAAAGAGGUGGUGAUGAGGCAGAAGAGGCAAAGGCAAAUGAUGUUAUCAAUCAAGCAAAGAAGGCUAUUGCUGCUGGAAACUAA